UGAACCGAUCUGUUCAAACAUAAUCGAUACAACAAACAAACAUUCAAUGGAUAGAUUGGAAAUCAAACGUGAUUAUACUUGGGUUUCUGUUAUUAACGAGGCCACAAAAUAUAUUGAUGAAUUAAUCAAUAAUUCUGAUACACGCGAUAAAUUCCGUAGAAAACUUCAACUUCCGUUUGUUCCACCGGAUGAAACUUAUUCAUUUAAUAAACAUUAUGAGAUGAACUGGGUCCACAGUUUCGCCAAUAAAUUGUUAUCUUUUUUUGAGGCCCCACGAAAUCCACUCCUAGAUAAACAUUCCGAAGUUUGGUUGAAUUGCCAUAUCUUGACUUUGUUAAUUGAUGAUUGCUUUUUAACAUGCGAAGAAAUUCAAAUUCAUCGGGGUGAAGAAAUGUCAUUGGCAUCUAUUGAGCGUAAAAAUUUAUCAAGGGAAGAAUCGGAAAAAAAACGACCUGGGCACAAAAUUGAUAUUCUCUUUCGUAUCGAUGACAUGGAAUAUUUUGGUUCAGAAAC